CGAAACUAUACACUGCUAAAAGUAACUCCGAGUAAUUUGAAGUUCGCUCGAACGUUCGUUGUUAUUAACGAUUGAGAUACUUAUAAUACUUGAUAAUUAUCGUUAGAAUUAAUAAAAAUGGCUGAAAUUCCUUCCGUAACACUUGCAAAUGGUUAUAAAAUGCCUAUGUUUGCUUUAGGAACAUAUUUGUCUAAACCAGGAGAAGUAGAAAAAGCUGUUAUGGAUGCUAUUGAUCUUGGAUAUCGUCACAUUGAUACAGCUUUCUUUUACGAAAAUGAACACGAAAUUGGUACUGCAAUACAAGCGAAAAUCGAAGAUGGAACCGUCAAAAGAGAAGAUCUUUUUGUUACUACGAAGCUAUGGAAUAAUCGUCACAAGGAAAAGGAUGUAGUUCCAAUUUGUAAAAAAUCCUUAGAGAAUCUUGGUUUAACUUAUAUAGAUUUAUAUUUAAUUCACUGGCCAUUUGCUUUUCAAGAAGGUGAAGUAUUGGUACCCAAAGACAAAGAUGGUAAACUUUUAUUAUCAGACACUGAUUAUAUCGAAACAUGGAGGGGAAUGGAAGAAUGUGUUCAUAAAAAAUUAACUCGUAGUAUUGGUGUCAGCAAUUUUAAUUCAGAGCAAAUUGCUCGAUUAAUGAAGUCUUCUAAUAUUGUUCCUGUAAAUAAUCAAGUCGAAGUUAGUGUUAAUCUCAAUCAGGAAAAAUUAAUAAACUUUUGUAAAAAGUACAAUAUCGUAGUAAGCGCUUAUUCGCCUCUUGGAAGACCUGGAAAUAGAUUAGGUAUAAAAAACUCUUUGGAUAAUCCAAUAAUUAUUAAAGCGGCAGAAAAAUAUAAGAAAACUCCAGCUCAAAUUGCACUUAGAUACGUCUAUCAACAAGGUGCCGCAGUAAUUGCUAAAUCGGUAACGCAAAGUAGAAUUAAAGAGAAUAUGGAGAUAUUUGAUUUCGAACUAACACCGGACGAAAUGACAGCUAUAAAAUCAAUUGGUACCGGCGAAAGAGUAGCACCAUUCACAGAAGUACAAGGUCAUCAAUAUUAUCCAUUUAGAAAAGAAGAAAAAAUGGUUUUAAACGUACCGAACGUUAAGUUUUACAACGGCAACACUGUUCCUCAAUUUGGAUUGGGUACAUGGAAGUCAAAACCUGGAGAAGUUACUCAAGCUGUCAAGGACGCCAUAGAUAUUGGUUAUCGGCACAUUGAUUGUGCUCAUGUUUAUGGUAAUGAGAAAGAAGUCGGAGAAGCAAUAAAAACGAAAAUUACGGAAGGAGUUGUUACUAGAAAAGAUUUAUUCGUUACUAGUAAACUUUGGAAUACUUUCCACAAACCUGAUUUAGUUGAACCUGCACUCAAAAAGACAUUGAGCGAUCUUGGUCUUGAAUAUUUAGAUCUUUAUUUAAUUCAUUGGCCUAUUGCUUACAAAGAGGGUGAGGACUUAUUUCCAAAAAAUUCUGAUGGUUCUCCCGAAUUUAGUAAUGCUGAUUACAUUGAUACAUGGAAGGCUAUGGAAGGUGUAUUAAAUAAAGGAUUAACGAAGAACAUUGGCGUUAGUAACUUCAACUCCGAGCAGAUUACCAGAUUACUUAAAAACUGUACCGUCAAGCCAGUAACGAAUCAAGUCGAAUGUCAUCCAUAUCUAACCCAAAAAAAAUUGUCUGCGUUCUGUAAAGAAAAAGAAAUUGUUAUUACCGCUUAUAGUCCUUUGGGUUCACCAGAUAGACCAUGGGCUAAACCAGAUGAUCCAAAAUUAUUGGAGGAUAUGAAGUUAUUGGAACUUGGAAAGAAGUAUAAUAAGACACCAGCGCAGAUUCUUUUGCGUUAUCAAUUGGAUCGUGGACAUGUGGUAAUUCCAAAAUCCGUUACCAAAUCACGUAUUGCCGAAAAUAGUAAUAUUUUCGAUUUUCAACUUAAGCCUGACGAUAUCGCGUACAUCGAUUCUUUCGACUGUAAUGGAAGAAUCUGUCCAAUGACAGGAUCUGAGGGCAGUCCUUAUUUUCCGUUUGCCAUUCCUUUCUAAGUAAUACACAUGAUAAAUGAAAUUAGAUUUAGUCGUGCAUAAAAAUAUUACGAAAAACUUUAUGAGAUAUGUGUGUCGUACAUAUUUUCUUUGUUAAAUACAUUCAUGCAUACGUUCGUAUUUUUCUACGCAUGUAUUUCGAUAUUCAUAGAAAAUAAAUUUUCGUUAAAUAAGGAAA